CAACCAGGAAGGAGAAGCCAACCCUCCAGGUGCCAGUGGAGAACAGAGAGAUGAAGACUUUAUCUCUCCUCUUCCUCCUCCUCCUCGCCUCGGGAGCCUGUGACGACGUCAAGUACAUCUCCAAGAGGAACUCAGUGGAUGGAUGCAUUGACUGGUCUGUGGAUCUGAAGGAGUACCAUGUUUUGGCUGGUGAGCCUGUUCGAGUUAAAUGUGCCUUGUUCUACAGCUACAUCCGAACCAACUACACCAUGGCCACCAACGCCAAGCUGCGCCUCAUCUGGUACAAGAACAAAGGCGAUGCAGAGGAGCCCAUCAUCUUCUCGGGUCACAGGCUGAGUAAAGAAGAUGACUCCAUCUGGUUCAGAUCUGCUGAAUUGGAAGACAGUGGAUUCUACACAUGCGUUCUAAGGAACUCCACAUACUGCAUGAAAGUGUCCAUGUCGAUGACGGUGGAGGAGAGCGAUGAGGGAAAAUGCUUCAGUAGCAAAAUCCGCCAUCUGGAGAAAGCUGAGAUAACCCACAGCAAAAUGAUCCACUGUCCUGAUAUAGAAGACUAUUUGGCUCCAUAUAAACAACCGCAGAUGACCUGGUACAAGGAGUGUGAGCUGGUUGAAUGGAGAAGCUCCAUCAUUGUUAACACCACACAUAUUUGGAUACCUGAGAUAGAGGAGGGAGACGGGGGAAAUUACACCUGUGAAUUGCAGUAUGGAUCCAGAUUGGUGCGAAGGACAACGCAACUCAAAGUCACAGCUCUCCAGACCACACAACCUCCCAAGGUCCUUUUCCCCCCAGACAGACAAGACACAGUGAUAGAAGUCACACCUGGUAUGCCUCUCAGUCUGGACUGCAAGGCAUUUUUUGGCUACAGUGGAGAAAACAGAAAGCCCAUCAUCUACUGGAUGAAAGGAGAAAAAUUUGUUGAAGAACUUGCAGGGCAUAUUAAAGAAACUGAAAUGAAGGUGGUGAGGGAGCAUUUAGGAGAAAAGGAAGUGCAGCUGUCCCUAACGUUUGAUGCCGUGGAGGAGGGAGAUUUGGCCAACUAUACCUGUUACGUGGAGAACCACAUAGGGAGGCGCAGCGGUAGCGCUAUACUGCAAAAGAAAGAUAUGUACCGUCUGGAGUUAGCUGGAGGCCUCGGGGUCAUAUUGCUGCUGCUGGGAGUCCUAACCGCACUUUAUAAAUGUUACAACCUGGAGAUCAUGCUCUGCUACAGGAGACACUUUGGGAGUGAUGAAACUGAAGAUGAUAAUAAGGAGUAUGAUGCCUAUCUGUCCUAUACUAAAGUGGACCUCGACUCAUUGGGCAGCAGGACGAGCAGUGACGAGGAAACAUUUGCUUUGGAGAUCUUACCGGAUGUUUUGGAGAAACAUUAUGGAUACAAGCUGUUUAUACCAGACAGAGAUUUAAUACCCAGCAGUACCUACAUUGAGGACUUGGCUCGUAGCGUGGAGCAGAGCAGACGUCUGAUCAUCGUUUUAACACCAGAGUUUGUUGCCAAAAGAGGCUGGAGCAUCUUCCAGAUAGAGACACGCCUCCACUCAAUGCUUGUUACCGGGGAGAUCAAGGUGAUCAUGAUAGAGUGUGCAGACCUGAAGAAUGUCAUCAACUACCAAGAAGUGGAAGCACUUAAACAUACCAUCAAGGUUUUAUCCAUCAUCAAGUGGAGGGGUCCUAAGAGCAAUGAGCUAUCAUCUAAGUUUUGGAAACAGGUGGUCUAUGAGAUGCCCGCUAAACGCAGAGAGACACUGUCCAGACGUCAGGUAAUGGAUUCUGGUGAACAGGGUCUCUUUGGUGACCUACAGACCACAGUCUCCACUAUUGCCAUGACAACCACUUCUGCCUCCCUGGCGCCCCCUAAUGAGAGUCGGCAUGGACACCAUCAGGUCGCCUUGGCAACAGAGAUCCCUGACUACAACCAGAUGACCUUGCCAUUAGGAGGGGGUCACAGUGCUACAGCAGCUCAAAUGCGGCAUUUCUGCCGCAGCUAUGAGUUCCAACUUCCCCCACAGCCCUCACCCCCACUUCCACCUCCCUCCACGGUGCAGUUCUCCACUCUGGGCCCCGGUGGGCGCCAUGUCUAUUGCAAUAUCCCUAUGACACUGCUGAAUGGACAGGGGUUCAGAGCAGUUCACUGGGGAACAAGAGGUGCAACAGAGCAAUACCCUUGGGAAGAAGCCAGAACUCCACCUGAACAGCACCUUUGUACCCCUCACCAGCAGAGAACUAAGCUCUGACAUCUGGUAGUUGGACUUCUCAGCUGAUACUGGACUACAAACAGGUUUACAGACUGCUUUUCACUGGCUUUGUGUAGACUGGCGGGUCGUCUGGUUUUCAUCAGGUUUUUGGACUGUGUGCAGACUUGGCGUUGGACUGCCCAUCGACUGCUUUUGGGCCACUCAUUCCCAGCUGUGAAUAAAAGACUACCGAAAGACCGCAGAAGGCUUGGCAUCACACUUAUUAGGAGAGUGGCUGUAAACUGCUUACAGAAAAACUGGGAUUAUACAAAGGAUUGCACUCUGAUUUUGGACCUAUUACCUGGUAACAGGCUGAUGCCAGCUGGAAUGUACACUGCUGGCAUGACCGUGUGUCCUUGACAUACUGGCAAAAAGUUCCUGACUGGUCAUGUUGAGUUUGUGGAAAGGAAUAAGGAAACGUAAGAACUAGAAAAGUUAACGAAGGGAUCCUGAGUACUUCAAUCGUGGGUAUCCGCCGUUUGUAGUACUCUAUUUGUUCAACAGGCAGUUUGGAUCUUGGAGCACUAAAACAGCACCUUUUAAGUCUGCUCACAAACCAGCUGUUGUGAAAACCAGUUGACUUGUCAGCUCAGACAAACAAGACGUAGCGUAAUCUAAGAAUGCCAAUUGAUCUACUUAUGCGAGCUCUCAUCUACCUGUUGACUAGGUGGCUUGUCGGGCAGACAAGGCAGACAUCAAGCAAUGAUUUUGGAAUACCAGACCACCUUAAAUCAACUAGUCAACCUCUUGAAAUAUUGCUCUAGAGCAAGCUAGCUACCUGGUUUGGCUCUCAGGAGCUGAACUAGACUUCAGAAAUGUUUUUCAACAAGAAAAACAAGAGGAAGUGACACGUAAAGGCUGAAACUGCUUAAUGACUGAGAAAGCACAGUUAGGCAGAAACUAGCUAGUUGCAUAGACUAGUUGGCUGAAAGGAUAGCUAGUACUUGAGGUAGGUGUGUUUAAGGGCACAGCGAGCCUGGAAACCAGCCAGUCCAUCACCAACAGAUGAACUGUCAGAUUUAACACCAAGCUAAAAGCAUAAAGGACUUGGCUUUUUUCUAUUUGCAUGACCACCCAUUUAGAUUAAAAAAAAGAAUAAUAAUCAAACAAACAUAGAUAAAAGAGUAAAUGACACAAUCAUUUGUCGAAGCCUCUUUUAAUAUGGAGGGUAUAAACAUCCUAUGUUGAUACAGUAUAUUUGUUUUCUGUCUGGCCAUGAUUCAAUGAUAAAAAGUGAUAAAGGGAAAAAAGGAGGUGUCCCUCCAAAAACAUUUGGGUUAUUUAUUUUGUCACGUUUUAUUUACGGGUUUUAUCCUUUUAGAAGGUUGUUGAGAAUUUUUACCAGGCUUUGUUUUUACUGUCUGUUUGUUACAAUAAUCUUUGUACAGCUUCCAUAACCUCUGUAUAGACCUAUACAUGACAGUGAUUUGUUCCCUACAGUUUCUGUUAACACUCACAUUAAGUGUUCUCCGAGUAUGGCUCCACAGCCACUUUUUUGGUUGCUUUUGUUCUGUUUCUCUUUUCAUCGAUGGAUGGAUGUCUUACGGCAGUAUGACCCUGCUAACGGACUGAUCUUUUGAACCUUACCACUACCAGUCAGCCAAAAGGGGGCUUCACUGCAUAAAAAGCUGUACUCCAAGCUGAAUCAGACCACAUUCUUCUUUGUGAGCUUUAAAAAAGAAAAACAAGAUUAUUAAGAUAAUAUUUAAGCAAAGUGGGUAAUGUUUUGAAUUUACACAGAGCUACUGUCAUUGUCUUAUUAGAACCAAUGAAUUCUGGAUAUUUGAGAUUGUUUGAUACAAUAAUUAAUUAUUUGAGUUGUUAUAUUCAAUGGCAAUAUACAGUCUAGUGGUUGUCCUUUAAUUUCUGACUAUUUCUUUGACUAUUCUUUGGAUAUAUUGGUUGAAUAAUUUAACUG